CCAGAAACCCGGAGAAUAAAACAUGAGGAACAAGGAGAGUUGAUUGAAGAUAAUGAGAAAGAAGAAUUGAGUGAAGUUGAGGAGAAAAAUCGUGUCAAAAGUGGAGAAACCCCCAAACAGAAAUAUUUUUUUAAAAAAAGAGCCAAGAAAUAUUUCACCUGCACUCAGUGUGGAAAGAGUUUGACAUGCAAACGUAAUCUUGAGCUUCACAUGAACAUUCAUACAGGAGAGAAACCGUUCACUUGUGAUCAGUGCGGGAAGAGUUUCACAUGCAAACGUAAUCUUGAGCUUCACAUGAACAUUCAUACUGGAGAGAAACCGUACACAUGUGAUCAGUGCGGGAAGAGUUUCACACAAAAAGGAAACCUUUCAGCACACAUGAGAAUUCAUACCGGAGAGAAACCAUUCACUUGUGAUCAGUGCGGGAAGAGUUUCACUCAAUCAGCAAACCUUAAGGAUCACAUGAACAUCCACACUGGAGGGAAGCGGCACACAUGUGAUCAGUGCGACAAAACAUUUUUGUGGGUUUCAGGCCUGAAGAAACACCUGAGAGUUCAUACAAAGGAGAAGCCACAUUCAUGCUAUUUGUGUGGAAAGAGUUUUUCAUGUCUACAAAGUUUGAAAGUGCAUCAGAAAAUACAUACUGCUGUGAGAGAGUACAUGUGCUUUGAGUGUAAAAAGACUUUUACUUUAUCUGAACAUUUGAAACGGCAUGAGAGGAUUCACUCUGGAGAAAAACCUUAUAAGUGUUCACACUGUGAGAAGAGAUUCAUUCAGUCAUCACAUCUGAAAACACACGAGAGGAUCCACAUUGGAGAGAAACCGUGUUCACAUUGAGUGUUCACAUUGAGAUAGGGCUGUGAUAAAGGCUGUGAUAAAUUAAUUGAUAAAGCAACUCCACACAAAAGUAGGUAUCGAACAGAAACGGGGAAGAACAAUGAAACAUUACAAAGAUCAAAUUGCCCUAUUUGGGGAAUAUAUCUAAAUGCGAAUUUUUUUUUUUGACAGAUAUUGCAAUUGCAAUUUGAUUUGCGAUUUUAAAUGUGCAAAGUCAAGCUUUAGUUCAAUAUUGUCAAUAAUGUGCAGCACAGUAUGUUACCCUGCU